AUUGUUAUUAUAGUUAAAUCAUUGGCUGUCUGAACUUUGAAUUAUGUAACACUUGGAUUUGUAUGACAGCCUGCUGAGGCCGAGCUGGUGGCCAGCAUGAGAACAGAGAUGUCUACAAAGUCUGGAGGAGAAAAACACUGAGCAGGGCAACAAACAGAGGGGUGUUAUCCUUCAGGACGGCCUGUUGAUGGAAGGGAGCUGAGGCGGAGAGAUGGCCAAGAGGACAGACAGAGAGGGAGAGGGGGAGAGUUUGGAGAGGAGCCGGGGACUGCCCAUGGUGGAUGGGCGGAGCAGUAAGCAUGCGCUGAGCUGGCAGACUCUGGGCUGGUCCUGACGGGCUGGCUGGGCUCCGGACGGCUGUCUGUGUGCUUCAGACGGUCGUGGGGGAGACUACCAUCAACGCUCUGCGUCUCCUCGAGUGCUCAGAGGGAGAAAAAAAAAAAAAAAAAGCUGAAGAGACACGGGGAUAACUGCGAGAAAAGAACGCAAACAGCCCCACCUCGGCAUCUGGAAAAGCACCGAAGGAGAAGGAGACGAUCCUCCCCCUCUACCCCACACCCCGUCGCCAACCCGCCCUAUCUACUCUACCCACCACUUCGUGCCAUCCCUGUGGUCUGAACUGCCCUCCCACCCCCCCAGGAGAACCACGAGCACCCAUAGGAAACCCCCCACUUGACCAGCGUUGCCAUUGAGCGAUGCGCUUUGCAUUCAGGAAGAAAUCACUUAUGCGUUUUUGAUGCAGAACCCAACCAGUGGUCUUCAUUUCAUUUCCUCAGCGGGAACAGUUAAGGCUACGGAUCUGGGUGUUUACACUUUUUUGACGGGUUUCCAGUGGCAUGAUAACAUGCAGCAUAUAUCAUCCCACGGCAACAGACAAGGCUGUCAUUCCAUAGAUUAGUCUUUAUUUACACGCGCAGCUGUCACAUACGCUGCGUUUGAGCUUAUGUUUGAUUUUUCCAUGCUUAGAAAUAAUCCCGACAAUGGUCUGGGAACGGACCGCCUCUCCAGACACCUAAUAAUAUAUUUUUAAGACGUGUCAGAUCCUAUAUUUCGAAGAAAAAGCGAAACAUUGACGAGGAGUCACUUGACACCGACGCCGUUCGAGCCACGGGACUUUGCGUGCGAAGUUUGCACCGGGAAGAGAGGGACCAAGUCGGAGAUAUCUCGGCUGUAUCCACGGCGUUUUUCCCUGUAAGGUGGGAGGUCGGCGGGUUACGGUCAUGCUGUCCCUGGACGAGCCCCUGGACCUUAAGCUCCCUCGGCGAGCCAAUGGGCGGGACAGAGGGGCGCGCUCGCCCCCCCUCUCCCCGCUGCACCCCAAGCGAGCUCGCCAGCUCCGCAUGGCAGACGAUGGCACUGCAGUCAUAGAGCCAGCUUCGCCAGCUUCUCCGCACACAGGUGUGCAGGUGGUCCCACACGAUCGAACAGACACCCCCACCCCUCCUGCUGUGGACCUGAGCAUGUCUCCCUCCUCACGCCACACCCCCAGCUCUCCAGAAAUGACCAAUGGCAACUACGUCCCCUCAGGGAAUUCUCACAUCUCACAGGCCUUUCAGUUUUUUGUGCCAAUCGGAGCUGGGGCGGGACUUCACCUGCCAUCCUCCAUGUUCAUUGGCCAAACGAGCGACACGAGGGCCUCUCCUGACCUCUCAGCAGAUGAACAACUGGCCUGCCGCUGGAGGAAGUGCCAUCUGCUCUUUGACUCCCUGCAAGACCUGGUUGACCAUGUCAACGACUUCCAUGUGAAGCCUGAAAAGGAUUCUGGGUACUGCUGCCACUGGGAGGGCUGUGCUCGCAAAGGCAGAGGGUUCAAUGCUAGGUACAAGAUGCUCAUCCACAUCCGCACUCACACUAAUGAGAAGCCCCACCGCUGUCCCACCUGCAACAAGAGCUUCUCACGUUUGGAGAACCUUAAGAUACACAACCGCUCUCACACAGGUGAAAAACCCUACAUUUGUCCUUAUGAGGGUUGCAACAAGCGUUACUCCAACUCCAGCGACCGCUUCAAACAUACGCGCACACACUAUGUGGACAAGCCCUACUACUGCAAGAUGGUGGGCUGCCUGAAGCGCUACACAGACCCCAGCUCUCUCCGCAAGCACAUCAAAGCCCAUGGCCAUUUUGUGGCUCAGGAGCAGGGAUCCCCAGGUGGGGUGGGCUCCCUGCUGAAGGGAAGUCAGAGUGGAGGGCUUGCAAGUGGAGGGGGGAAGGAUUCUGAGCUGUCCUAUGUGAGCGGAGCUCAUAUUAUCAUCCCAGGGGCAGCGGCUGCUCUUCUGGGAGGCCAUGCUCUGCAGGGCCUGAGUGGUGCUGUGCCCCUGUCUCCCCUCAGUCCUCGGCCCCUGGACCUCAGCUCACUUGGUUGCCCCAACUCACCUCCAGGCAGCCUGGGAGGCACACCCAUCCUGUCCUUCAACGGCUCCCCGCUGGGCCUGGCCAAGUCCCCUCUGCUCUCCCCGGCGUUCUCCUCCUCUGCCCUGGGCCUGCCAAUGGUGCCCAUGCUGGGGGCUGCGUGUGAGCGCAGGGCCCAGAGCCAACAAGCCAAGAAGGGCCAGGGGGAGGAGGCUGAGAAUGAGGUGACUGGGGGGGUCCUGAACCUCUCCACAGGAGGGUCUCAUGAUCCCCUGUCCUGGGUGGUCAUCCCUCCAGGCACCGUGGUGCUCAAGCCAGCUGUGGUCAAUUGAUACAUACACACAUACACACAAAUACACAUACACACACAUUCCAGAAGAGCUCAGGGGGUUGGGAUGGGAGGGUGAACGCCAUAGUGAGGGUACGGGCGGUCAAAGGUGAUAGGGAUUGACUCGCACAAUCAAAUCCAGGCAAUGCAUUUCAGAGAGAGGGUGGAAAAGGACAAAACUAUAGAGAAACCUAUCAAAAUUUCAGUCAAGAAAACAAUAGAUAACACUACACCUCACAAGAUUUAACAAUACAACGCAAGCCUCUUUUAUUGUUGGGAAACCAAGGGGCCCAAGAACUCUGUUCAGGAACAUGUAUGGUUUGGCUCCUCGUUGCUUAUUUUAUACUCUAUUCAUUCCUGUUUGCUGGUUCUGUGGACAGGGACCAUGAACGUGACAGUCUUAGUGCUCUGUGUUCUCACAAAAGUCCUGAUUCAUUGCUAAGUAUUUAUAUGACUGUACUUCAUUGACAGUGUGCCUCCAGCUUAGCAGUGAGAUAGAUAUACCAUGAAACUGAAUGACGCACUCACAGUUGGGCAAACUUGCACAUAAUAGGAAGAUUCUCCACAGUUGAUAUUAAAGUGAUGACCUAUUUUUCACAGGCUGCUGUGAUUAAUAUGAUUCAGACAAGCUUGCCGUACCAAAGCAAGUGAACUCAAACUGUCUUGGAUUUGUGCAGGAGAAGGCGAAGGCUACUGCUUCAGCUCUGAGACAGUUCAACUAAACACAGCACUUACUAGUGUCAACUGGUUAUAGUAUUGAAACCUCAAAACUGCUGCUAACUUCUACGCUUCCCCAGUGUAACACAAACUGGGAGAGAGCACUUUUGACAAUCUGUCCCCAGUUUGGGGAGGGUGACCAACAUGGACCAGCCUAGUCCACCGGAAUAUGUGCCAGGCGUGCAGACUAGGAGCUUUUAGGGCACAGAGUGAUCUGAGGACUUAACACAGACAAAUGGUGUUACAUCACCUGGCAAUGACCAAUCAUUACUUCCUCGACUACACAAGUGAAAUUCAAGCACUGAUGUGUCUGGCUCCCCCCUCUGGUCGGACACGAUACACAACAUCCUGCUUUCCAUUUACAGAACUAGCACUGUUUUGCUCCUGGAUUGUCCAGCUGCUUUCCCGUAAUUGAAUCAACACAGCCAGUUUGUGUAUGAAAGGGCCACUGUGGUGAUAAACACUAGUGUCUUGUAUUUUUUAAAAGUGACCCGACCCAAAACCAGCUGUGAAAAGCAGGUGGUCGUCCAGUCGAGGCCCAACUUAGUCUCGUCGGUUGAAGUUUUGACCCAAGUUCAACAUCUCUCACGCUGUGCCAAAAAUACCUGGAGAGGUUAAAGUGGGAUGUACGUAUUGUGCCACAGAGGGGGGUGUGAUGCACUCAAUGCCACAUACAGCUGGACUGACUAGGAAGCCACACUGUUGCAAACUGCCUCAUUUUACUCUGUCCAAAGGGGCAAAAAAAAGAAAAAAAAGACUCAUUUGACUUCUGGGAAAACUUUUCUCAUGGUUCGAUUAAGCAGUCAACAUGCACUUACCACAAACUAUACUCCUUACAUGUUUUAUGAAAUGUUACUGCUAAGUCAUGGUUCUUUAAAAAGAAAAACUAGUUUGCUCUUAUUCCAUUUUGCUGUGGGGUCCUUCCAGGCUUGUGUUGCUUAGUGCUAAUGCAUGUAUGAUGUUGACUGCUGUCUCCACAGAGGAGAGGUAGGGGCACAGGAGAGGAUCAUCACAACACAAGGAACAUUCCUUUAAGAGACUGACACACUCAGCCCUCCUCUCCCCAUAUGCUUAUGUUGGCGGUCUUACUUUUCCAUCGCCCAGUCUUAGAACAUCAUUAGACAUCAGUUAUUGCUGUUUUGUAUUUUUGUCAUUAUUUUUUGCUGUUGUUCAGACGAGACAUUUUUUUCUGAUGUUGACGUUGCUUCUUGUGUUCUGCGAUGGCUGCUCUGCAAUCAGCUUUCUGCUGUUGAGGGUGAGUCUUUUUAGGGGAUGAAGAGAAGAAGAGAGGGAGAGGUAUGGGUGGUCCUCCACAGGGCAGUGGUUACCAACCUGGGGGUCCUAAAAUAAAUCUGAAGGGUCACAAAAUGAGUACAUUUUCUGUGCCAAGAAAUUUUCUACAGACAUUCAUGGUGCUCAAAGGAUUAAUCCUAAUCCUAAAGGUGAUCCCUUGAUUUUUCAGUCUCACCAUGACACUGAUAUUUUUGGUGUUUUGUCUCCACAACUAUUCCAUGAAGUUUUGAUGAAAUCCAAUGCAGUCAUUCUUGUCCCCCUCAGGACUAAUUGUAAUAACUUUACUGAGCCCUUAACUUUUCAUCUAGUGCCAUCACCAGGUCAAAUGUUUAAUUUGUCCAAUGCUUUCAAUUAUGACCAAAUAAACGCAAAACUAACGACAUUCACAUCAGCUAAGGCUGAUGGGAACCUAUAAAAUGAAACAAUGUGGGAAGGUGAAAGGUGUCACCAUUUACUUGAACUGCUCACAUCAUGUAUAAACUUAGGCCGUAAACUGUAAUUAUGGUCCACAAGUUCAGAUGAUAUUGCCACAUUUUUAGGGGUCACAGUCCUAAAAGGUUGGAAACCACUGCUCUAGGGAGGAAAUACAGUCGACCAAGGGACAUCACACUCCUUCAAUGACAAUCACAUUGGUGUACCAAGGAUAAUUAAGAUGGGAUAUUGGCAUAAAAUAGUGUCCCAACACCAAAUUAUCUUGGAUUUGCAAACUCUGCUACCCUGGUGCCUGACUUUAAUUUCCAGCCAGAUGAAGGGAAAGCAUAGAGAAAUAACUUCUGACUGUGAAAUGGCGGGCAGCACUGGGAGAGCGUGAGAGUGAAGAGAAAGGAUUGGCUGAAUGAAUAAAUGAACGGACAGGGGAUAAGGAGAGAUGAGGGGGAAGGCUGUGUGCCAGCUGAGGAAAAGAGGCAGAGGAUAGCUGUGCUGUGCAGCCGCCCUCCAUCUGGCCACCUACCCAGCAAACGGCCCUCCCGGCUCUGAAGUCACUGGCUGUGCUGCCCAAUGUGGCAGCCACUCACAGGCGUACCAGCCUGCAGAAAACUAGGCCACUGAACUCUGUCUGCCCUCUGGGUUUUUUCUUUUUUUUUUUUUUCUUUUUUACAGAUUAAACCCCAAAGGCUCAGCUCCCCCACCUCCUGGUCACAAAGCUUUUUUUUUUUUUUUUUUUUAAACCAGAGACAGGGGGGAAACAGGCCAAACUAACAAGCUGCAUUCACAGUAAACAAAAACAAAUAAAAUCCGCCCUGUCUGAGGAUGAGCUCUGUGUUCGGCUGCCCACAGGUCUACGAGUAUUCACAGCAGAGAUGAACUGCAUACCUGUGUUUCUGCCUCAGUAAUUCUUAGUCAUCAUUUACUCAGACACCCACUGCCCCCAACACACACACACAUACACACACACACACACCAGUGGCCUGUCUCUGGGCCGGUUAUUGAAGUGAAUCUCCCAUUGUGAGUGGACAAUCCUGGCAUGUGAUGUCAUCAGAAACAGGUGUUAAGUAGGCUAGACAUGGUUUCCGUAGCAACAGUGAAACCCACAGAUGCGGCAGCUCUCCUCCUCCUCCUCGUCUGUCUGUCUCUCCUCUGCUGGUCGAAGCCAGGGACAGAGACUCAGCACAGCGGCAGAAAGCUGAAUAAUAUGACAUGGACCCUCCUGGGGUCCACAUCUUUUAAAUAUUAAAUAAGCUGUAUGAUCCAUUAACCCUUUGAGCUCAGUCUGUAAUAAACUGCACUUUUGUACCCCUCAUAGCGUGUGUAGAUACGGGGAUGCUGCCACAUCCUUUCUCACUGCAGAGCGUUAUUCAUCAGUCGAUUUGAGAACCAAGAAUAAUUGUAAAAAUCCUCAGUCACUAAAAUGUCUGAAUUUAAAGUCUUAUCUUUUGUUGACAUUAUAAAAGCGGUACUUGCUCCUGGAGAUUUUAAAGCAACCCUUGUUUAAUGCUAUGAAAGUGGAACUGAAAUCCAGGGCACAAAAAUUGUGUUAGCUAGCUAGGUCAGUGUCAUUGUAAAGGGGUGCCAUUGACUGAAGUGCCACAGUGUUGCACAAAGGGUUAAUGAUAAGACUAAGGCCAUGCAAGGCCUGUUCCAAGUUAUGUUUUUUGCACAUUUGUGAGAUAUUAUGUCAGUAUUUGAAUUUUUCCAAGUGCCUUUUUAUUAUAGGUGAAAAUAUAGAAGUUAUACGCUAUAUGAAAAAAAAAAAUGAUUAUAUGAAAAUAUAUUUUUCCUGGCAUCAUGUUCUGUGGUUGAACAUGCAGAAUUUUAGAGUUGUAAAAGUCUCCAAUUGGUACAACAUAGCGGUGUUCUCCUGUUUUAGAGGAAUUUUAUUACGAUAUUGAUAAUAAUGUCAAUGAAAAAAGAAAUGUUUAAUAAAGUUGCAUUUGAUACAA